CCCGCAGGGAGCGAGCGCUGCCGGACGCCACGCGCGGAGCCAGCGCGGAGCGGCGCAGGCAGCGCGGCGGACGGGCGGGCGGCGGAAGAGCCGGCGGGAGCCCCGGGGCGGCGCCGUGCGGUGGCGGAUGGAGCUGGUGGCGGGGUGCUACGAGCAGGUGCUGCUGGGGUUCGCCACGCGGCCCGGCCAGUCCUGGACAGUCGUCCCUGAUUUUACACAUCAUGCCCACACUGCCUCAUUGUCAGCAGUAGCAGUGAAUAACAGAUAUGUGGUCACUGGGAGCAGAGAUGAGACAAUCCAAAUCUAUGACAUGAAAAAGAAGAUCGAACAUGGGGCGCUGCUACAGCACAAUGGCACAAUAACUUCUUUGGAGUUCUAUGGAACUGCACAUCUACUGAGUGGGGCUGAGGAUGGACUCAUUUGUAUCUGGAACACAAAGAGAUGGGAAUGUCUGAAAUCCAUUAAGGCACAUAAGGGUCAUGUGACAUCUCUUUCUAUUCAUCCUUCUGGGAAAUUAGCUUUGUCAGUCGGAACAGAUAAAACAUUAAGAACUUGGAAUCUUGUUGAAGGACGAUCAGCCUUCAUCAAAAACCUGAAGCAAAAUGCACACAUAAUUAAAUGGUCCCCUGAUGGAGAGAAGUAUGUGACCGUGAUAGCAAACAAAGUGGAUAUCUACAGACUUGACACAGCUUCAAUCACUGGCACCAUUACAACAGAGAAGAGGAUUUCUUCACUUAGAUUUAUUACAGAUUCUAUCCUUGCCAUAGCUGGAGAUGAUGAAAUGAUUAGGUUCUACAGCUGUGACUCUCAAAAAUGCUUGUGUGAAUUUAAAGCUCAUGAAAACAGAAUAAAAGCUAUUUAUAGUUUUGAAAGAGAAGGACAGCAUGUCAUUGUUACUGCAUCCAGUGACGGUUACAUUAAAAUGUGGAAUCUGGAUCUUGAUAAGAUUAGAGAUGGGCCAUCUUUACUGUGUGAAGUCAAUACCAAAGCUAGGCUGACGUGUCUUGCAGUGUGGCUCGACCAAGCUUCAGAAAUGAAAGAAAACUCUGAUAAAACUGCAACAUCAUCUCAAGAAACAGAAGAUGAAAAAUCAUCAAUAGCCAGGAUAAACAAAGAUUUUUGGACUACUAAAAGGGUUAAAAUAGCAAAAAGAAAGAGAAAAAAUAUUUCAGAGAAACAAAAGCUGGAAGCUCCAGUGCAAAAGAAGAAAAAGAAACAGAAUAGCUCAGCAUGAAGGCAGCUACUUUCUCUCCUGUACAAAAAGUAAAUGCUGGUGUUGCCCUAUUUUUUACAAGAAUCUAAACCCUAACAGGACAGAUACCUCUCAUCCAAUGUGUUGUUUAAAAAUAAUUAUUGUUCUUACCUUAAUAAACUGACUGAUCAUUCUGGGAACUUUCCCUAAGUGAACAAAGCAAAAAUAAAUUCAUAAUAUGUAAUGUUUAUAUUUUUCUAUUAACAAUACCUUUCACUUUUUAACUGGCUCUGAAAAAGCCAGCUAAAAUAAUAAAAAGGGCUGCGUCUCUCAGUUACAUUGUUGUUUUACUUAAAUGCAUAUUAAAAACAUUUACACUUUUUACUGUUGAAAA